AUGGCGUCUCCCACGGUCAAUGUUGAAAGCGUGACAGACUUGCUAAAUGACUGUCUUUCAAAGUUUGGCUUUGAGGUUUACGCACUGAAGACUGGCUGGUACAAUGUGGUGCUGGCCCCCUCUCUCCGUCUGGCCCACCCAGAUGACACUCUGGCUGUAGUGGUGCUCAGCACACCAUCCAUGUUUGAGCUUGCUUUCUUGCCCUUCAUGGAGAAUACGGGUUGCCAUGGUGUAUCUGACCCCAUCGACCAGUGUGUUAAGCACUACAUAAACUCUGCAAUUUCACAGAGUUUCCCAGGACAGAACGUGGAUGUGAGUUAUGACUAUGAGAUGUUGCCCAGCAGAAAGCCAAAGUUCCUUGCCCAAACUGCUGCCCAUGUGUCAGGUGCAGCCUUCUACUACCGACAGAGUGAUGUCAACGACCAUCCCUGGGGGAAGAAAAAGAUGUUUGGAGUAUGCGUGCAUCCUAGAUUUGGAGGCUGGUUUGCCAUCAGAGCUCUCUUGGUGUUUAGAGGUGUGACUGUUGGUUCUGAAUUUGUGCAGCCUACUCCUCCUGACUGUGUGCCUUCUAGAGAGGACAGGAUACAGCUUUUAGAGAGUUUCAAUCUUCGCUGGCAGGACUGGAGCUAUAGAAACAUCGUUGCCCCAGUCCAGACCUACUCCAAGAUACAGAGGGACUAUUUCUCCACGCCCCCCGCCCAGCGAUUUGCUCUUCUCAAGACCUGGGGCUUACUUCAAAAAGAAGACAAGCAGGAAGAUCCUCAAUCGCAUAUACAAAUCCAAGUGAAUUGACGUAAAUAAAUAAUGGAGACCGGCAGACAUGAGAUGGAGAGUACAGGUGCUCCACUCUGGGCUCAAACUCCUCAACUACUUGUGAGACUUAAGACCCAUUAAAACCCGACCAACCAACUCUCAUGAAAGAGUGGGAGAUUGAUUUUAUCUUCACUGGGUUGAUUGCACAAAAAGCCAUUAUUGCCAUUGUAUGGCACUUAGCCCAAUUUUCCCUUAAAAAGGUGUAUGGGCAUGUCUUCCAUCUGUUUUCGUUCCUCUGUUGUCUUAUUGUAAUGGCAUAAAUGCAGUGGUAGUUAAGUUGUAAACUGCUUAUGAUACACUGAUGAUAGCCAAUACAUCUGAGAAGAGAGAAUGUCUUUAUUUAUUUUAUUUUAUUUUUUUAUCAUGUGGUAGUGAAUGAGUAAUUUAUUUCCUUUGUCUUUAUGCAUGCUCAAUAAUCCAGGUAAGAAAAUCACAGUAAGGUAAAUCAGUUCAUCUGGACAAAACGAACUGAGUCACCUUACUGUGAUUUCAUGUGUGUUUUGUUCCAUCUAGUGGUGACUUUCUUAAGACACUUGAUGCCUCUGCAGCUAUUGCAAAACUUUUUAUUGUGAUCUUUGUAAAUGAUCAUUAGACACAAUCCCUGCUUGAGCUGGACACACAGUUAAACACAAAUGAAAAUGACAGCAUGCGGCUAGUUUUGCAAAGAAUUGGCUCAGCAAAAUACAAUCAAUAAUUUCUAUACUUUCCUGCAAGAUCGAGCUCAAAAAAAUGCCUCUACAUUGGGUCUAUUCUGAGAAUACAAUUUUUCCGCUUGUAGAGAGUGCUGUGAAAAAUUACAGUUGAUUCAUUCUAAGUACACGAGCCUACCAUAAAAGUUUUGGGCCUGGUUUGACUUACUGGACCCAUUAGAUCGGGACAGCAGAUAGCCUGAUUGCUUGAUAAAGAUGAACGUCACUGACCAGUAAAUAUUUGGUUAUUCCACCACACUACAAAAUUAAAAUGAGCCUUUGGUUUUUCAUAUAAUGCUGUACUUGUUUUCUUGUCUUCAGCCUGUGUAACGGUGGAGAGACUACAGUGAAAGACUAGCCUACAUAUUUUUGUGGUGAUUGGUAGAGUUCAAGACAGUGAGUUUUAUGUCAAACAGCUGUGUAGAAUUUUUCUUUCUAGUACCAUUUGG